AUGCCCGUCCCGUUCCGUCUGACGCGUCACAUCAGCAGGAGCUGUGACUGGUGGCGGCGUGUCAACUGCAAAUGUUAUGAAGGACACAACUGUGAAACUGACAUAAAUGAGUGUGCCGAGCAGCCAUGUGAGAAUGGUGGAAAAUGUUUUGAGCGUUCAGAUCCAGCUUACUUGGAAAUGAAGUGGGAGCUCAGUUUUGCAGAUGGUGCUGGAUAUAUUUGCCGCUGCCAGCCAGGAUUUGCAGGAGAGAACUGCUCUGUCAACAUUGAUGAGUGUGAGUCUGAGCCAUGCCAGAAUGGAGCCACGUGUGAGGAUCAGAUCAAUGGAUACACCUGCACAUGCUCCGUUGGCUUUCUAGGUGACCUGUGUGACACAAACAUUGAUGAAUGUGAGAGCCAGCCCUGUCAGCACGGCGGCUGGUGUGAAGACAGCAGAGCGUCGUACACCUGCCAUUGUCCCCACGCACCGCCAGGUGAAUUGCCCUGGGGAGGUGACCACUGUAAUGUGAAACUCUAUGGGUGUGUGGGACAGAAAUGUCACAACGGAGCCACGUGCCGCCCGUGGCUGAAGGAUGGAAAACAUCAGCACACAUGCUUGUGCCCUCAUGGCUUUUAUGAUGAACAAUGCUCCACUGGAACAACAUUCUCCUUCUCUACUGCAGGAUAUGUUCACAUUGAGGUGGAUGUGGAAAAGAAAGCUCAGAGGGAACUGGAGCAUCAUUUUCCUCAUAUCUUCGGGGUGCAACUACGCUUUCGGACAACAAUACCAAACCUGGUGCUGUUCUACAGAGGUGAUAUGGACAACCACUUCUUUCUAGAGAUUGUGGAUGGAGGUCUUCAUGGCAGAGCAUUUUCUGAGGAAUGUGAACUAGACAUAACAUUUCCUGACUUGGUUAGUGAUGGGGAUUGGUGGGAAGCUCAUGUGUUUUUGAAUAAUGAGGGUCUAGUUUUGAUUGUAAAAGGUCCUGGCUGUAACAUGGACAGAUGCAAAGUUAUAGAUGGAGGUCUCGGUGAAGUACCGUUCCAGCCCUCUGAAGAUUUUCAUCAUGUUUAUAUCGGUGGAGCACCAGAUGACCUUUUAAGGUACACAAAAAGUAAAGCAGGAUUUACUGGUUGUAUGGAAGACAUGAGGAUAGACUCUGAGUUUAUCCUACCCCAAAAAUUUCCAAAAGGCCAAGAACAUGAACUGGGAUGUAGUAAGACUGAAUGGUGCAAGCCGGACCCAUGCUUUGGAAAUGGACGCUGUGUGGAUUUGUGGAAGCACUACUGCUGUGAAUGCUACCGACCCUUUUACAGCGAGAGCUGCUCUGAAGAAUUCCCUCUGUGGACGUUCGGCCAUGAAGACGCAUUGAGUUUCAGUGUCUACAAUAUUGUCCAGAGUCUUGGGAACAGUUUCAAUCUCUCCUUCUUUCUGAGGUCCUUGAAGCCAUAUGGCCUUCUGUUUCAGCUGCGGAGACCCACUGCAAAAGAGCAAGGGGAGGUCUAUUUCUCAGUCUACUUAUGGAUGGGAAGGGUUUUUGUCAGUACUUCACCAAAUAGUGCCCCACUGACAGCUCCAAUAUUUGUAACCAAUGGUGAAAAACAGCUUCUACAAGUGCAAGUACGACACAGAGAAGUAAUCUUUGAGCAUGCAGGUCUUCGCUAUGGAAUGGGGGAUAUUCCAGAUGUGAAUGUGACUGUUAGGGAUCAGGCCUAUGUUGGAGGACUUCCAGAAAACUGGGACUCCAGUGUUUGGGGAGGACAUUUCAAAGGUUGCUUGCAGGACUUUCGUUUGAACACAGUCCAUCUGGAUGUAGAUGUGUGGACUGGCCAAGAUGAAGCAGAAAUACAUUUACCAACCAGUGCUGUCAGCGUGAUGAAGGGCUGCAUCAGUGACAACACGUGCAAGAUGAAGCCAUGUCUGAAUGGAGCAGACUGCACCAUCACCUUCAAUGAUUUUUCCUGUUCUUGCCUCGAGGAAUACACUGGAAAGAUGUGUGAGAGGCGUGUGUGGUGUAGUAGUCAUCCCUGUGUGAAUGCUGGCCAUUGUGUGGACCUUCCGGAUGGCUACGAAUGUGUGUACAAUGCGACCUUUGAGAACAGCCCUGUGGUGUUCAGUGCUGGAGGUACCCUGACUGGACCUGUCACUGUUAUAUAUAUGGAGCUGCGGACUCGUUCUGAAAAUGCAGUGCUCCUGAGAUCCUCAUGGGGAUCUGACUUUCUGAUGGUGGGCUUGUUGGAUUCUUCAGUCCGGGUGGAAAUUCACAGUAGCAACAGCAUGGAAACACUGGCCUUUACCGGAGUGCGUCAAGUUGCUGAUGGCAGUUGGCACCGUUUAACCAUCUCAAAGGCUGAGAAAGACAGCAAGGCAUCUCCGUGGGUCAUCACUGUUGAUGGAAUCACAGACACCAGCAGUGUGCCAGAACUGAGCAGAAGUGUGAGCUUCCUUAUGCAGAAGGCGGCUGUGUUGUCUCUCGGAGAAAGCUUCACUGGUUGUUUGGGUGCAGUGAGAGUCGGAGGAGUGUAUCUUCCUUUUGUAGACGACUAUAAAGCUCCACAGCUGGCUCAGUUCCAUGUAGUUGGAAAAGCAGAGAUUACUCUGGGCUGCACCAGUGAACCCGUUUGUGAUUCAGAUCCGUGUCUGAAUGGUGCAACAUGUCAAGACCUUUUUAAUCAGUUUGGGUGUGUCUGUGAAUCUGGGUGGGAAGGACAACAGUGUGAAGUGGACACAGAUGAUUGUGCAUCUCAACCUUGUGUUUAUGGAGCAUGUAAAGAUUUUUUAGCUGGUUUUGAGUGCCAGUGCCAUCCUGGGUACACCGGGACACUGUGUGAUGAGGAUGUAGAUGAGUGUAAACAUAAUCCUUGUGAACAUGGAGGCAUGUGUCAUGAUGGACCAAACAUGUUCACGUGUACAUGUCCAAAGGACUACAGCGGCCCACGAUGCCAGUGGGACUAUCCUCCAAAACGAUGUGGUGAAGAUGUCCAGUGUGCAAAUGAGGGCGUCUGUGCUGAUGGAUUGUGGGGCGCCAACUGCACUUGCAUGGCAGGUUUUACAGGGAGCAGGUAAGGUCACUGUGGUACAUUUUUGGAUCUUUAUCUAAAAUCCAAACCUUUGUGUAGUGUGAUACCCCAUGCAGAUGGGCAAGCUGAAAUUUUAUCUAUGAAGUUUGUUC